GACAAGGCAGUUGGAGGCGGAGGAGGUGGCGACGGGAGUGGGGGGCUAGUGUGGUGUGCACGCUGCACCUCAGGAAGCCUUGUGCCCGGAAACGGCUGCUUUGGGAAGACAAUUGCCCAGAAGAAAAGAUGUUUGGUUUUCACAAGCCAAAGAUGUACCGAAGUAUAGAGGGCUGCUGUAUUUGCAGAGCUAAGUCCUCCAGUUCUCGGUUCACUGACAGUAAACGCUAUGAAAAGGACUUCCAGAGCUGUUUUGGGUUGCAUGAGACACGUUCAGGAGACAUCUGCAAUGCCUGUGUCCUGCUUGUGAAAAGAUGGAAGAAGCUGCCAGCAGGAUCAAAGAAAAAUUGGAAUCACGUGGUAGAUGCAAGGGCAGGGCCCAGUCUAAAGACCACAUUGAAACCAAAGAAAGUGAAAACUCUGUCUGGAAACAGGAUAAAAAGCAACCAGAUCAGUAAACUACAGAAGGAGUUUAAACGUCAGAAUUCUGAUGCUCACAGUACCACUUCAAGUGCCUCCCCAGCCCAGUCUCCUUGUUACAGUAACCAGUCAGAUGAUGGCUCAGAUACAGAGAUGGCUUCUGGGUCUAACAGAACACCAGUCUUUUCCUUUUUAGAUCUUACGUACUGGAAAAGACAGAAAAUCUGUUGUGGGAUUAUCUAUAAAGGCCGUUUUGGAGAAGUUCUCAUCGACACCCAUCUCUUCAAGCCCUGCUGCAGCAAUAAGAAGCCAGCUGUUGAGAAACCAGAGGAGCCAGGCCCAGAGCCUCUGCCCAUCUCCACUCAGGAGUGGUGACUGAGGUGUAUGUAUAAGGGCAACAAAAAGCGAUUUACAUUUUGGAAAAACACAACAAAGUAACCUUCCUAUUUUUAACUUGGAUAUUUGCUAUUCUGCCAAAAGACAUAUGUAGAAUGGUUUUGAAUGGGUUAUUUUUCUCCCCACUUCCACAAACUUUGAAGCCAGUGUCUAGUUCAAAAACUGUGUACAUACUAUUUAAGAUGCUGAGUGUUUCAUAGGAAAGCUGAAUGCUGCUGUAAAGUGCUCUUUAAGCCUCCCCCCCUUUUUUUAAUCCCCUUGUAUGAAUGAAAAGGGGUGUUUUCAGGGGACACAGAUGGGGUUUUGUUGUAUGAUAAACCAUAUGUAGUUUUAGUCUUUUCUAUAUUGAGAUUGAGAAGCAGUGGUUGGGGCAUUUUAAAAGAUGGCUGGCUACACUUGUUUUCCCUCAUGAUAAUAAAUUUGUCAUAAUUUAGUAACUUGGACUUGCCCCUAGAGGUAUUUGUUAAUUUUGACAUAUUAGGUCUUGCUGAUGUUCUGAAGAUUCAAACCUAUACUACUGAAAUAUUAAGCAGGACAGACUAAACUUUCAGGUACAAAUACCUUGAAGGAGAAAGUUGACUAAAUAGACAGAGGUAAUAUGACUAUAUGCUGUUGUAUCCGGUUUCAGCUCCAUAUUAAUAUCUGAUGAAGAUUUUAAUUUAUACGAAACAUCUAAAGCAGAAUCCAAGCUUCUCUUGGGGAAAGGGCAAGUUUUCAGAAUAAGCAAUCCUAAAUUGGUACCAAAGUAUUAACAUAAUAGAGACCACAUUCUAUUAAAAAACAUUAACCUAUCUGGAAAAUAAAAUGUGCAAGUCUUCAAGGUAGCAUAAAACGAAGGCUAAUGGUCCUUGGGAGCACAUUUCUUAGUGUGCUUGCCAAGCGUGUAAAUAAUCGACUUUUCUGUGUUAUGUGACUGGUGACUUCACUGAAAUCUGCACAAUUCAGUUUUAGCUCUGGAUGACUUCAGUUGACCUUUGUGAAGGUUUUACCUGUGUAGAGUGGGUGUUUGACUUGUUUUAACCUAUUCGGGUUUUGUUUGUUUCUCCUUCACUCUGUAUUUAAAAUUCUCAUAGAAAGAGGUGUGUGUCUAAUGCUCAGUGGGUUGACUUGGGAGUUUGGCUGCUUUUAGCCAAGCUUUCUAAUCAUUCAGAUUUUGGGAGCUAUGUAAAUUUUGAAUGUGGAUCUCUUAACUUCCAAAGUCCUCAUUAUAGGCCUCUCACUUGAGCCCAAACCAAAGUACUCAUGACCUCUUUUCUAAAAGUUCAGGAAUAAACUAUCAGCAGUUAAGACUUAAUAGCGAGGGAGGAACAUUUUGCCUACCUUAUAGUAACCAUACUUAGUGUUUAUUUUUAAAACUGGAUUUUUAAAAUUGGAUAGUAUAAAUAUCAGUAAGGAUUGAGCCACUUUUUAUGGGCAUCCUAUAGUUUUAUAGUUCUUAAUCUAAAUGUAAGAUUCUAUAUUCUUUUUGGGGAAAAACCGACAUGCUCCAUGCAACCAUAUGCACAGACCACACAGUAAGUUGAGGCAGCUCCCCACAGCCUUUGAGGUGCAUUACAAGAGUCCCAGCCUUAUCAUCUUCCUUCCGAAUUUUGUUUGAAAUGGUUAAUCUUUUCUCUUUUUGUACAUUUUGGCUGCAGUAUUGGUGGUAGAAUAUACUAUAAUAUGGAUCAUCUCUACUUCUGUAUUUAUUUAUUUAUUACUAGACCUCAACCACAGUCUUCUUUUCCCCCUUCCACCUCUCUUUGCCUGUAGGAUUACUGUAUGUAGUCAUGCACUUUUUGUAUUAAUAUAUUAGAAAUCUACAGAUCUGUUUUGUACUUUUUAUACUGUUGGAUACUUAUAAUCAAAACUUUUACUAGGGUAUUGAAUAAAUUUAGUCUUAUUAGAAA